ACACACACACACACAUACUUACUACUACGCAAAGCACCUCUCCUUCGCUCCUCUUUUACCGCUUUGUGUCAAAGUAAUAAACCAACCAACCAAACCAAAACCUCCUCUCUCAAGUUCAAACAAAAAGCCAAGUGAGUGAGUGAGUGAAUGUGUGUGAGAGAGAGAGUAAGAUAAAGAGCCCUUAGUCCUUACCCAAAUAAAUAAAAUAAACAAACAAACAAACAUCAUCGCGACUCCAGAGAGACCUGGAGAAUCGGUCUUCUCUGUGGUUGUUAAGCAAAGCAUUGUAGAAGAGGUGUUUCAAAUACUAUAGAAAGAAGAACAAGAGAAAAAAAAAAGUGUUUGUGCUUGUGUGUGUAUGUGUGUGUGGUUGUGAAGUAAAAGGAAAAAAAAAGGUGUAUAGUGAGAGAGAUGGUGGGCUCUGGAGCAUCAGACAGGAGCAAAGAAGCUGUUGGGAUGAUGGCCCUUCAUGAGACCCUCAGAAGAGUCUGUCUCAACUCAGAAUGGACUUACUCUGUCUUCUGGACCAUUCGUCCUCGCCCGAGAGUCCGAGGUGGCAAUGGCUGCAAGAUUGGAGAUGAUAAUGGCAGCUUGAUGUUGAUGUGGGAAGAUGGGUUUUGCCGAGGAAGAGGUUCAGGAUGUCUGGAAGAUAUUGAUGGAGAGGAUCCUGUCAGAAAGGCCUUCAGCAAAAUGUCCAUUCAGUUGUAUAAUUAUGGAGAAGGGUUGAUGGGGAAAGUUGCAUCUGAUAAGUGCCACAAGUGGGUCUUUAAAGAGCCCACAGAAUGUGAACCAAAUAUCUCCAACUACUGGCAGAGCUCCUUUGAUGCUCUUCCUCCUGAAUGGACAGACCAGUUUGAGUCAGGCAUUCAGACCAUAGCUGUUAUUCAAGCUGGACAUGGCCUUCUCCAACUUGGUUCUUGCAAGAUUAUUCCUGAAGACCUCCAUUUUGUGCUUAGAAUGCGACACACUUUUGAAUCCCUUGGCUACCAAUCUGGUUUCUACCUCUCUCAACUCUUCUCUUCAACAAGGAAUACUUCCUCAUCAACUUCUGUUCCUUCAAAACCAUCCACCAAUAUUCCAAUUAGGCCACCUCUUCCACUCUUCAACUGGGGUCAGAGACCACUUACUUCAGCCACUUCCAUGCUAUCCUCACCCAAUUUUCAACAUGCAGCUAGGCUUGGGUUUCCAAAAGAUGAGGCACACAUGUUCCUCAUGCCUCAUGCAUCACCUGAGGGUGCAAGAAUCGAGGACAUGAUGGGGGAGCAUGAAAACGACAUAAAAUGGCCCAAUGGAUUGUCUUUCUUCAAUGCUCUCACUGGAAGAACGGAUGAUGCUAAGCUCUUGUUCAAUCCUGAGAGCUUGGGGAACAAACCUGGUGAUCAGAAUCAGCAUCACACAAUUGGCCAAAACCGCAACUCAGAAGGCUCCAACAUGCAAAAUGCUAGUGGUGGAGCCAACCCAAAUGAGUUCUUGAGCUUGGAUAGCCACCAAGAUGAUGUAAGGAAAAUGGACAAGUUUAAGAGGAGCUUCACUCUUCCUGCAAGAGUGGCCUCAUCAUCUUCAUCCACUUCAAUGGAUCAACACCACCACCACCACCACCACCACCACCACCACCAAGGUGUGGAGUAUAGGAAUUCAGAAGGAGGUAUGUACCCGGAUGUCAUGGAAACCUUUUUGGAGUGAAUUGAGGUGGAGAAAAAGGUGAGUUUUUAGUAGGGGAAAUAAUGAAAAAUGAAAGAUGAGAAUUUGUAUCUAGGAAAAAGUUACUACUUGUGUUCCUUUUUCAUGUGUUGGCUUUUCACUUUCUACCUUGUGUUUCUUCUGUCUUCCACUUAAUGAGACUUGAUUAAUGAUCAUUUGUUUGUUUCUUCUAGUUUAAUUAGACAUAAAGUUUUUCA